AUGUAUUAUGAAUACAAGGAUGCCAAAGAUUGUAUUUUCAGUGAAAAAGAUGCACAUCCAAUUGAGUACCCAUAUUCUGAAUGUACCCAAGUGGGUGAUACAAAUUCAGAAAAGGCCAGUAUAGCGGAUGGAAAAGUUAACACUGCUUAUUACGGCACAAAAGAUUGCUCAGGAACUGCAAUUAAAGAAUAUGAACCAGUUGAACUUGAAAAAUGUUUAUCAAAUAAUGGAUUAUCAUACGCUAUGUAUUCGGAAGGUGAGUUUGAGGUAUUUGUCAUGCUUGAUUUAUUUAUUGCAUGCUUGCUCUAA